CAGCGAUCAGCCGUGUUUGUAAACAAUUAUGUCCGAUGAAGAGCACCACGCGUCUUCGUUCGUUUUAUUUCUUCUUAAUUUGAAGCGUACGCUGGGACAGCUAGUUUCCUCGAAGCCUCGCGAAAGGGACGAAGCGGUUAAGCAGCACCCCGUGGUAGAACAGUAUGCGGCUGACGUGGUAGACUUCAGUAGUCAGUACGGUAGGGAUUACGGGUUGUGUUACACGGCCGAAAACCUAAAGGGACCGCAUAGAAUAUACCCUCGUUACGGCGAUUUCGCUGAAGCAUUUGUUACACGAACUUAUGGCAUCUGGUGGGACCUCGCGCCGUCUGCAUGUGAGCCGUUCCAGCGAGUUGCGACGCGCAAUACUAGUAGUGAUUUCAUCGACAUAUUAUUUAAAAAGAUGGUCUUUCCGAAUAAGCUCGAGAUUUACGAAACUUUCAACCCUGGCUCUACCGUGCGCAUACUUGCUGCACAAGUCAAUCACGAAGAAGAUUCAGCACUGAGGUGGAAAGUACUUUGGGAAGGAAUGCCGCAGUGCGCGCCCGCAGUGCCACGCGUUUACUCACCACAGCUCGAUAGAUGCGACUUUGUGACCAGUCUGAUCCGGAUCGAGUUCUCGCACCGCCACCUCUCCUACUACACGUCGCUGGACGCCGUGAGACUGCUGGGGUCGGCCGAGACGCCCGACCCCCACGAGAUGCCCGACCCCCACGAGACGCCUGACCCCCACGAGACGGACGGACUCGACCGAGACAACAACAGCUGUGCGGUUCGCGGCGGCGGCGGCGGCGGCGGCGGCGACGGUCCCGCGCGGAGAUCGGCUUACGAAACGCGCCGCGGCGACGACUGCCGUUCGUUGGUGGACAUGCCGGAAGAAGUGAUCCAGUACAUCAUAUCCUUCUUUGACAUAUUGGAUUUAUGUAGAGUAGCACAGACAUGCAGAACUCUAUGCAAGCACUGCUACGAUGCGCAACAGUUUACAGAGUUAGAUCUACAACCAUACUGGCAUAUGAUCACGGACGCCGCCCUGGCGGGACUGGCGGGUCGAUGCCAUCUCAUGAGGAGGCUGUCGUUGUCAUGGUGCGGUCCUUACCACAACCUCACCGAAGCUGGCUUCGUCAGGUUUCUGCAGAGCUGUGGUGGUAAUCUGACAUGCCUACGGUUAGCCUCCUGCACCGAAUAUGUGACCAACUCUUCUCUCAAGAUAAUUGUGGAUGUUUGCCCAGGCUUGACAGAACUGGACGUGCGAUGCUGCGGGAGACUGGGCGACGAGGGAUUCGCCGAGAUCGCGCGUGCCUCGCGCCUGCAGCGACUCAACCUGUACAGAACGGCCGUGAGAACCAGCGAAGCUGCACUGAUCGUCAGGAACUGCGUUCACCUGGAGAUGCUCAAUUUUGACUCGUGCAGCCAGAUCGCAAACUUUCACGAAGUCGCUGUGGCCAUAGCCGAAAAUCUCAGGGAGCUGAAAUGCCUGAACGUGUGUCGCGUGAAGAGCGUCGGCAACAACUCGCUCGUGGUGAUCGCGCAGACCUGUGGCGCCGCCCUGCUGGAGCUAGACGUCGGCUGGUGCGUGGAGGUGUCGUCAAGGGACGGGUGCCUCGUCAACCUGGCGAGACGGUGUCCGCGACUGCGCGCCCUCUACCUGACCUCCAUCAGGACCAUCAACGACAGGGAUCUGCAGGCGUUCGCAGCUCACUGCCGCGACCUUGAACAGCUCGACAUCCUGGGGUCAAUGGGGGUCACGCCGAUCGCCGUCGCAGGAGUUCUGCUGGAAUGCACGCAACUGAAGCUAUUGGACGUCUCCUACUGUACGUGUAUAGAGUUCAUUGACGUUCAUAGAUGGCGCCAGAUGUACCCAGAAGUCACAAUACAAAAGAGCUUCAAGAAUAUAUAGCGUUUUUAAAUCAGCUAGUAGUCUACUUUUAACGUACCGUAACCCUUUGUGUGAUCUCACGCAGAUGUAAAUAUGAAUGUAAUGUUAGAAAUACACGCGCUCACGUUCAAAAUCGUACGUACUCUAUAGAAUUUACCAGACACCAAGUGAGAUUAUGUAGAAAACAAGUUGCAAGGAUUUUUGAUUGCGGUCUUUUACUCGUCCGCUUUUUGCUGAUACAGUGUGAUAGGACGAUUCACAUGUACAUUUUAAUUUUAUGGACUCGAUAGAGUUUGAUUUAAUUUCACUUCUGAAUUGAUACGUGUGUCAUUAUUGUUUUGUUUCGAAGUCAAGUUUAACAGUGCAUUAAUGGAUCAGUUAUGCUUUCCAAUUUCCAAUUGUGAAAAUGCAGCAAAAACUGUGAUACUACGUACGAUGUACAUAUCCCACGAAUCAAAGGUCACCGCGAUACCGCACGCUACCUUAGUCGCGCGCGCGCGGUGUUACGGUCGCGACGAAAAUGAUAUUUUUCGUAUAACUGGAAUAAACACGUUAUAAAAAAGA